AUGGCGAUAGUCUUCAGUCGUUCGGUAUUGACAGCAUCAUUUUCUGAAGUGCUAUGGGGAAGAGUUAGGGGGAUUUCCGGUGGGAGCAUUUUCAAUGAAAGUUGCCAUUGGGUUGAAAUAUCGGAUAUUGGUGAAAUGAUGAUUCCCAAUGAGGAUUUUGUGAUUCAAAUGAUUGAAUAUCCUGAGAUUGAAGACCUUGCAAAGCCUAGGCAUAGAUUUAUGUCCUCCUAUGAGCAGAGGGUGCAACCAUUUGAUAAAAGAUAUCAGUAUCUCUUGUUUGCAGCUGAACCAUAUGAAACAAUUUCUUUCAAGGUCCCUAGCACAGAGAUUCACAAGUCCACGCCAAAGUUUUUCUCGCAUUGGGACCCAGAUUCCAAGAUGUUUACGCUGCAGUUGUAUUUUAAAAUCAAACCACCAGAGGUAACCAAACCACAUCCACCUGCAUCUACUCCCAAUGGCACCACAGCACCCGGUGUUCCUCCAAGGCCAAUGCCCCCAGCAUCACAAGCUCCAUUACCACCACCACCACCACCUCCCCAAGGGCUGCCUCCUGGCGCACCUUUGGGAAAUCCUCCUCGAGCCCCUCCACCUCCAAUGUCAAGAUCAAUGCCUCCACCACCUCCUAUGUCUGCAAAUGGUCCCAGACCUGUACCCGGUGCAAUGCCACCUCUUCCACCUCCAGCUCCCCUUGGCGCUCGACCUCCAUCAAUGCCACCUCCGCAAGGUUUUCCAGGCCAACAAAUGCAGAGCUAGGGCAUCUGUUUGCCUCCGCCAAUUGCACAUGACCUACCCAGUCCGCAUGGCAGUAUGCUGAUCAGUAUCGUGUGUUAAAUAGUGGUAGUUGGGCGCGCCUUAUCCACUGGGUCUCAAUAUAUUUGUUAUGUCAGAUGCUAGUUUUCAUAAACAAUACCCCAAAUUGGCAAUACAUUGUUUAUUGCAUCUCAUUUUUGCAACUUACAAAUUUAUACAUUUGAUUUGCAGUA